AUGCCUCCGGAGCAGUUGCCUUGGGAUCGAAGGGAUUUCCGGAAGCACGACAGAUCCGGCUCCGACCGGCGCUUUACAGGCGGAGGAGGAAGGGGAGGAUUCGGAGGCGGGGACCAUAGGUGGCGGGAGCAGCACCACCAUCCGCACGCGCCGCCGCAUCCGCCGCCUUAUCACUACCACCGUAACCACCCACAGCAGCGUUGGUAUUCGGAUUUCCGCUCCUCUCGUCCUAUCCCGCCUGGACAUGGUAAGCAGGGUGGUUGGGGCAUGCACCCUGAUGAGGCUGGUCAUGGAUUUUCGCCCUUUGGGUCAAGGUAUGGUGAUAGAAACAUAGAAGAUGACAAUUUUCGCCCUUUUGGCUCCCGCAGUGAAGGGAGGUUUUUUAGAAGUAGCAGGGAGAACAGAGGAUCCUUUAGCCAGAAGGAUUGGAAGUCUCCAUCUUGUGAACCACCUGUUGCAACGUCCAGUGGUUCUGGGAGACCCAACGACGAGGUUACUAAUCAGAAAUCUGUAGAGAACACCCAAACAUGCCCUACCAACUGCAGCAAGGGUAACAACUCCGAGAAUGUUGAAACAUUUCAUAACAACUGUAGUAAGGGCAAUAACUCCGAGAAUAUCCAUAUCAACAGCAGUAAUGGCAACAGCUCCCCUCAUCCUCCUCCUCCUGAUUCCCUAUCAUGUCAACCUCAAGCUGUUUCAAAAGAGAAGUACGAGAACGAUGGGGGCUCUGGUGAUCAGCCUGCGAGCUCAGUUCAGAAAUCAGAUAAAGGAAAUGCUGUAGGGUCGUUGGAUUGGAAGCUGAAAUGGGAUCGAUCAUGUAGCUUGACAUCAAGGGGCUCUGGUUUAAGCCGUUCAAGUAGCUCCAAGAAUACUGCAGUGGAUGCUGUUGAGGAAAAGGCAGAGGUGAAGCCGAAGAAUACUGCGCCCAUUGACUCACCUGCUGCUGUAUCUCUGGAGCCCACUGCUCAAGUUCCAUCUGGUGACACCGGGUCAAGGAAGAAGCCUCGCCUAGGCUGGGGCGAGGGUCUUGCAAAGUACGAGAAGAAGAAAGUUGAGGGUCCUGAAGAUGGUGUUGCGAAAGAUGUCCUGGCUAACAGUGUCAGUUCUGCUGAAACUAUGCAACUUCCUUCUGCUAAUGUGCUUGAAAAAAGUCCCAAACCUGCAGAUGGGUUAGAUUGUGCCUCACCAGCAACUCCGUCUUCGGUUGCUUGUAGUUCUUCACCAGGUAUUGAGGAGAAAGAAUCUAUCAAGGCAGUUAAUAUUAAUCAUGAUCCUGCUAAUUUAAGCUUUUCACCUAUUAACAUAGCCCAGUCCUGCUGUGAGGAAUCAACUUUCAAUCUGGAAAAUUUGGAGCUUGCAUCCAUUGCCAAUCUUAGCUCAUUAAUAAAUGCGAUGUUGCAACCGGAUGUUCCAAGUUCUGCAGAGACGAGCUAUGCACGAGCCACCUCGAUGAAUAAAUUGUUGGUAUGGAAAGUUAAUGUAUUAAAAGCGCUUGAGGUGACUGAAUCUGAAAUAGAUUUGCUCGAGACAGAAUUGAAGUCACUGGUAGCUGAACCUAGGAGUCGCUGUCCUCAUCCAGCAGCGUCCAUCUUGCUUCCUGGGGAGUGUCAUUCAAAUUCUUUUGAGCAAGAAACUGUCUCUAGCGCUGUUAGAGCUGCUCCUUUGCAGGUGGUUGCAUCUGGACACAUGAUUGUUGAGAGCCCUUCGGCUGAUGAUGAAGAUAGUGGGAGUGACGAAGAUGAAGAUGAUACAGAUUCUCAAGAUCUUUCCAGUGUCAGUAGUAUGGAUUUUGACUUCGAGCAUAUUUAUGAGGCUAUUUUGGCUUCAAAUAAGGAUUAUGCAUGCACGGCUAUGGAGGAGUUGAAUAUGUUAUUGCCUGUCCAAAAAUGUCCGUUCAAUGUGUUGGCUACUGCGGAAGUAUCUUCUCCGCAAAGGGAUUCCUCAUUUAUCAAAGAGAGGUUUCUGAUGAGGAAGCGAUCCCUCUUGUUCAAAGAGAAGGUUCUUACUCUGAAGUUUAAGGUAUUUCAGCAUUUCUGGAGAGAAGGUCGUGUAGUUUCUGUAAGUAAACUUCGAGGGAAGUCUCAUAAGAAGUUGGAUCUAUGUCGUACUGGGUACAAGAAGAAUCGUUCGUCCAGUCGCUCUAGAAUAUCUCAUUCUGCUGGAAUCUCUCGGAAAGUGCCUGCCGAAGAAGUUGUUGAAUUUAUCAAUGAGUUGCUUAGAGAGUCACAGAUCAAGCCCUGCAGGAGUAUUUUGAAGAUGCCGGCUAUGAUUUUGGAUCGGGGGAUAAAGAUGUCAAGGUUUAUCUCGAAUAAUGCUCUGGUGGAGGAUCCUUGUGCUACUGAAAGAGAGAGGUCCAUGAUCAACCCCUGGACCUCUGAAGAGAUGGAGUUAUUUAUUGAUAAGCUUUCUGAGUUCGGAAAAGAUUUCAGCAAGAUUGCAUCCUUCCUGGAACGUAAAACUGUGGCAGAUUGCAUUGAGUUUUAUUACAAGAAUCACAAAGCAGAAAGCUUUCAGAGAGCUAAGCCAGGUGUGACAAAGCAAAGCAAGUCUCAGCCCACCACGUACUUGGUUGCAAAUGGGAAAAGAUGGAAUCGUGAGGCGAAUGCUGCUUCUCUUGAUGUACUCGGUGAAGCUUCCAUGAUUGCAGCCAAUGCCAUCGAAGCUCAGCAGAAGUGUGCAUCAUCGAGGGCCUUUCUAGGAGCCUCCAGUUCUCAAAAAGCGCCAUCUAGGAAUUUUCAUGGUCCAUUGGAGAGAUCAAACAGUUUGGAUAAUAAUGAAGCUGCAGCUGCUGAUGUAUUGGCGGGUAUUUGUGGUUCCCUUUCUUCAGGGGAGGCUAUGAGCUCCUGCAUCACUAGUUCGGUCGACCCUGUUGACGGCUAUACUCAGAGAGUCACUUCUUGCGUGAAAAUGUCUUUGACUCCGGAUGUUAUGCAGAGCGUCGAUGAUGAGGGCUCCGAUGAGAGCUGUGCGGACAUGGUGGACUCAACCGAUUGGACUGAUGAAGAGAAGUCCUUCUUUGUUCAGGCUGUCUCGUCUUAUGGCAAGGAUUUCGAAAUGAUCUCUCAGUGUCUUAGAACAAGGUCUGUCGAGCAGUGCAAGAUAUUCUUUAGCAAGGCCCGGAAGUGCCUGGGAUUGGACCAUGUGACCCCUGGACCUGGCAAUGCGGCUGCUUGUGGUGGUGAUGUUGAUGGAGGAGGGGGCAGUAGUGACACUGAAGAUGCUUGUGAUCUUGCCAAUGAUGACUCGGAGUGUAAGAUGGAGAUGGAUCCUCCUGAGAAGUGCAGUCAUGAAUCUGGUAUAGCCAGAACAAGUGAGUCGAAGCAUUUUGAGGCUUCUGGAGAAACUACCCAACCGUGUUCUAUUGACUCUGUUAUUGCUGAACCUGUACCUGUCUUGAACGAUUCGUCAAUGGCUGAUGAUGCUCUUGUCGAUUAUAAGCAAGCUGUGGAUUUCAACGUGGAUAGCAAAGAACUUUGUUGCGUAAAUGGGGCAUUUACGCCUGAGCUUGAAGUCAAAACCUCAGCUGAAGAAAGCAACGACUAUGGUCAGCCAAACGGUGGACCUAGCGAUACUGAUAAAAAGGGUUUGGCCGAGGUCUUUAAUGAGCAUCAUAUGGAAGAUGGUAAAGGACAAGGGCUUAUCUCGUCUGACGAUAAUUUGGAAAAUAAGAAAGUUGGGGAUAGGGGCGCGAAUUCUACUGAAGUGAAUGUUGCAAGCAGUACACCAGUUGAGGUGAAGGUUGAGAAUGUCUCUCAUUCUUCUGUUGCUUCUUCAAUUUCUUCCAUUCAAAAGGAUUCGGAGAGCCAAAAUAAUCCACCUUUGGAGCAGAAUGACCACUGUGCACCCAUGGAAUCAUCAACAUUGUUCCCUGUUCCCAUUAAGUAUCAAGAGCCCUCAAAUGGGACCAGCCAAAAUGAUCCUCAGAAAGUUGCUGUUGCAGGCGAUAGUCAUCAGCAUGUCUCGGGUUAUUCACAGUUGGAUUCUGUUGAGCGUUCCCAUAUUCUGACGGGGUACCCUGUUUCAGUGCAGACUCUGAAGGUGAUUAAUGGCGAUGUUGUUAAACACAUUGCCAUACAAAAUGUUCCCAAGAGGGACGAUGGUAAGCUGAAUCUAGAGCUGCACACGGAUUUUUCUCUCCAGAAGUGUUCUAUUGGGUUAAGCAAUCAGAUUGAUAAUGUGUCAUUUUUACCACAAUCAGGCUGCUCGCCUGUUGCGGACAAGCCGCAGCAGCCUUCAAGAAAUGGUGACGUGAAGUUGUUUGGUAAAAUCUUGAUAUCAUCCCAAGAGAAAACCAGUUCUUGCGAUCGUGAUGUUAUUACUAGUAACAACAAUAAUAAUGGCCAGCAUCAUAAUCAGAAAGCAGGCCAUCACCGCCAGUCGCUGACCCUGAACUUCAGUGGCGAUGACAAAGCAGUUAAUUUGGAUUCUUUUCAGUCAAAGGUUGAUUGCAACAGUUAUCUCGCCUCCGAAAAUAGUAACAUCCCUUUUAAAAGUUUCAGCUGUUGGGAUGAAAACAGAACAAAACAGCCCACAAUUUUCCAGCCACUGCCCGAUUCGGCUCUCUUGUUGGCCAAAUACCCCGCAGCUUUCAGCAGUCACUCUACGCCGACUCUGAAAUUUGAUUAG